CUCUUGGCUUGUUUGUUGAAUUGAGAAAGGUUGCGGGAAGGAUGGCGAAGAAGCGGCGUUUGUGUCCAGCAAGACGUUAUCGUGUAUUCUUGCAAUUGUUGAGAGGUAUUCUGAAGAGUUGUCGUCAGGUUUCUUGGGAAUAGAAAAGUUUUUUUUCAAUUGGAAGUUUCAUGUUCUAAGUCGAGAGAUUGUUUGUGAAGGAAUUUAGUCGAAAGCAAAAGAAUCUUUAUUAUUAUUUAAUUAUUUUUGGGGACACGCGUGACACUCUGGUGUCAAAGUCGGUCUCAGACCACGUCGAAAUUGUGGAGCUGGGCAGACCGCCGGUGGAACUCGAUUUUGGUGAAUUGGGAGGCAGACGGAUGGAUGCGUGAUUUCAAGUGGCCGGCGGCUGCGUCGGCAUUCGAUGACGGUGGCGAGUCACGUUGCGCGUCGCCACGGUGACGAAGGCCCGCUGGCACACGUGGAGCACGUCGUGGUGCCGCAUUUCGAGGGAAGGAGAGGAGCCGCCAUUCGAGUGGGCCGCAGGCGUCGACCAAAUUGGCGGCUCUCUCGGUGCGGGGCUACGAUUCACGUCGUUCACGAAACCUUUUGGAUGCGGAUCUGGUUUUGGAGGUGCCCCUAAUGUUGAGGCCUCAGGCUGUCGUUUUCCGAUUCCUCCUCUUGGAGUUCCCAGACAGAGAGUUGCGAGCCACCAUUCGGGUCUUGAAAUUUGCGCCUCUCAAUCAAAGACUUUUACAACCCUGACCUCGUGGCUUUUGGUGCUCUCUGGCGGCUUCCUCCCCGUCCGUCCCUCCCCCGAUGGCUCGGAAUCGCCCCGCUCGCGGCCGAGAGGUCCACGUGCGGCAGGCCUGAGCAUCCUCCUCCGCUGACGCUUUGGCUUCUUUUGGAAAUGACCCGUGGGAGGCGGCGGACAGAGCGAGAGAGAGAGAGGGGGGGGGGGCGCUAGGAGGUUAGAGAGAGAGAGAGAGAGAGAGAGCACCAGAAAGAGGGAGAGAGGCGAGCGACGAGGCGCAGACGACCAGAGGAGCUGCGAGCGGCGACAAGAAGACUCGGCACUCGUCGGCUAGCGGGCCCGUCGUCAAGUCACAGGAUGCGAAGCUGAGGUCGAAAGAUUGGAUCCCGAUCAGCCUAAGGCAGAGAUUUGGGAGCCGUGUUUCGCCCUCCAUUUCAGACUGAGAUGGAGAGGCCUUACAAAUCAAACCUCGCUCCCGGUCUGGCUCGACAGCGCAUUGGAAUUGAAGCUCAACCGUUCAAGAAGUAAGCAGUGAGCUCAAGAAGUCCUGACUUAUGACGCCUUAAAGCCCUCGCGCAGAAAACCUCGGACGAAGCGGCCGAACAGUUUGUAAAGAUCCUGGCCAGGCCCGAGGGUGGUCCGACCAUGAAACGGGUCCCGCCCUCCGGCCUCCUGCUGGUCCUGAUGUGCUGCCCCCUGCUGGGCUCGACGCAGUCCGCCGGCAGCGACGACGGACCCCCCUCGCACGUGAGCGACUCGGACCCUCGACGCUGCAUGAGGCAUCACUUUGUGGAGACCAUCAACCACCCCGUUUACAAAUGCAGCGCCAAGAUGGUGCUGCUGGCGCGCUGCGAGGGCCGCUGCGGGCCGACCACCCGCUCCGACCCGCUCAUCUCCUUCAGCUCGGUACUGAAGCGGCCCUUCAAGAGCACUUGCGCCUGCUGCCGCCCGCACACCUCCAAACUGAAAGCCGUGCGCCUGCGCUGCGCCGGCGGCACCCGCGUCACCGCCACGUACCGCUACAUCCUGGCCUGCAACUGCCAGGAGUGCAGUUAAGCUCGGCUGCCCACAUCGGGGCCGGCCACCGGGUCGCCCGGACCCUGGCAAGACUUUCACGUGACCACGGGCGGUUUUUUUUUUUUUUUUUGGGGGGGGGGGGAGAAGCCAACCAGAACUCGAACUGAAUCCAAAUUUCUCCAUUAGUGCCCAUUGACGACAACAACAACGAAAUCAAAUAAAUGCGCUCGGAUGGUUCCACCUGCCGUGCCAUCGUUCUCCAAACCCGUCGGCUGAGCGAUACCAAAGGCGGUUUCUGCCUGAGGGGACUCUUCCCGGACCCGCCGCUUGAUCAAUAUCGUCUAUUUGAACGCGAUGAGCGUCUUGUACUGUGUCACUCGGACUUUCCUUGCGGAGUUCCUGAGAAUGCGCUUCAAAGAAGGUGCAAGACGUGUCCCUCUUGUCCCUCUUCGCCCCUCAUUCGGGUAUUAAAAUGACAUU